AUGCCUUCGUGGCAGGGUUUGAACCAACAGGCGCCGAUACGAGGACCACUUCCGAAAGCGGCUCGUUGGUCUGUUGGCCCAACGGCUACGCCCACGGCGCAAGCUGCCUACAAAACUGUUGGAUAUGCACCGCCUUCUGCCCAAAUCAGAAAUCUUCCUGGUGUGCAAUGGAGCAUCCCAGCUUCACAGCCCAACUUGCCAAGCAUGUGUGCCACCCAAAGCAUGGUGGUGCCAAGCCAGGCUGCUGGCCCCAUGGUGCUCACAGCAAAUAGAAGCAUAUUGCGUGGAGUGCCAGCGUGUCCGACAUCAAUCGUUGCCAAGGGUCCUAGGACCGUGACGCGGAUGAGUCCAAGUCCUCUCAGCAAUUCCAACAUCGCCCCACCUCAGAUUGCCAAAAGCCUGCCAGUGGCAGCAAGAAUCCCUACCAGCCCCAGCCCCCUGCCACAAACAACAUCUUUCUUCCUCCACUUGCCAGUUGGCACCACUCCAGUUGGCACCGCUCCAAUUGUUGCCACUCCUGUUGUCGCUGCACCUGGUGCUGCCCCAGGGCCAACCCCAAGUCCAACCACGAGUCCACCUAAUUUGCCUCUUGGACCUGGGCCCAAUGGAACAAAACCCUUCGGGGUGCCCGUAGCUUCAAGCCUACCCAACAUGGACGCCAACACGUCCGAGAAAGAACUGGGCAACGAGUCACCACCCAAAGCACCGAAACGAGAUCAACCCAUCGUCUCAUCGAGCCCCUUAUCUCACACUUCUCGAGCGAACAACAACUCCAUCGGGUUGUCCAGCCGCCAGGGGCACGUUCGACAGCCCUCUGUGAUGUCUCUGGAGAGGAUGCUCUUCGAGAUGACCAAUGGGGAUUACAACCCAACUGAGAUGGCAAAAAAGAGACGGGUGCCGGUGCCCAUGAACGCCGAUGUCAUGUGCGAAAUCCCAGGCCGAGUGUCGAUUGUUGCACCCACCAUGGACUCGCGGAAGGAAUACCACACGAACUUAUACCGCUGCUUUGUAGCCCAAGACUACGCUGACAAGGAGCUGAUCGUGGUGGAAACCUAUGUGGAGAAACCCUCGCGCUACUUGAGGAAAUUUGCGAGCAGAGAUGAGCGAGUAGUGCAUGUGCCGAUCCAAGUCAGUCCGGGCAAAGACAUCACCGUCGGCUUGAAACGCAAUAUGACCUUACAUUUGGCCUCCGGCGAGUACAUUGUAAACUUCGAUGAUGAUGACCUCUACGCACCUGGCUAUGUGCCAAGGGUGAUACAGUUGAUUUCCAGUCAGAACCUGGUGGGUUUGACUCUAUCAGCAUGGUACAACUACUACAUAGGCCAAGGUGUGUGCACCUUUUCCGAUCCUGAGAGCUGGGAAGAAUGGGCGGACGAUCAGCAGGAUCUGGAUGAGAUCUUGUACGGCUAUGGUUUCAGCUACUCCCACAAGAGAACUCCAUCACUACGUUUCUGGUAUCCCAAUGUGGGCUUUGCUGAAGAUGCUCCCUUCUUUCUCAAGCUACGAGAUAUGUUCGGCAAGGACAAGGUCCAACUCUACAAGGAUGAAGACGGCUUCUGCGUGCAUGUGAUGCACCGUGCAAAUACCGCCCAAGUGUUGGGAAGCCGCAUUGCAUCUCGACAGGAGAUUGGAAGGCUCAAGGUGACCGCACUGGAACCGUUCAGGGAGAUGAUCGACCAGGAUUAUGGUCGCUUCGGUGGGUGGCUAUGGCGGCCUCCGGUGCCCACAGCUUUGUCUGAAGAGGCCUUGGCGCGUGGCGCUUGCUUUACUCAAAAACGUGGCACUUGCGCUCAAGCGUGCGUUUAA